AUGGUCGUGGAAAAAUCCAACCCGAGUGUCCAGGUCAAGGCGUGUGGAAUAUGCACGAGUGCAGGACACUCUACAGAUGCAUGUCCGACCCUCCAAGAAGAAUGUGCAGUGGAUGUGAACACUGCAAACUACUGUAUGAAUAGACCUCCAGCGUACAAUCCAUACUCCAACACCUACAAUCCAGGCUGGAGAGAUCAUCCGAACUUGCGUUAUGGAAACGCACAACAAGGUAAUGCUCAUCAACCAUUUGGAGCUAUGCAGCAGAUGCAACAACCUCGUUUCUAUGAGAAACAACCGCCCCAAGCACCCACAAGCAACUCCAGUCCAUCUUUAGAAGACUUGGUGAAGUCUAUGGCUACCAGUACCCUGCAAUUCCAGCAAGAGAUAAAGUCAACUGUCGACAAAUUACAAGGUCAGAUCAAUCAAGUGUCAGAGGAGGUGAGACAGCUACGUGAAAGAGGAAAGUGGCCUGUUCAGCCUGAGCCAAAUCCAGCAAAUGUCAGCGCCAUCACUAUCUGCAGUGAUACGAUGAUUGAAUGUUCCUUCCGGCCUAAUCCAAAGAAUACGAGUGCUAUAACCCUUCGUAGCGGAAAGGAAUUGGAAGGUCCACCUCCUAUCUCGAAGGGACAGAAUGAAGAUCAGAUUGAGAUGGAGAUUGAAAAAGAAGCUGAACUUCACGAAAAGGUACUUCUUGACUCUGUUCCUCCUACUGAAACUAAAUCAGCUCAUUUUCCUGACAGGUUGAAGAAACCACAAAAGGCAAACAAACGAAAAGAGAUGAUGGAAAUAUUCAAGAAGGUGGAACUUAAUAUCCCGCUCCUGGAAGCUAUCAACCAAAUCCCCAAGUACGCAAAGUUUUUGAAAGAACUGUGCACGAACAAAAGAAAAUUGCGAGGGGACGAGCAUAUUAUAGCGGGUGAGAACGUUUCUGCUGUUAUCAAAAGAAAUGUACCACCUAAAACAGGUGAUCCAGGAAACUUGUGA